AUGGACGAAGAAAAUGCUGAGUGGGUGGCAGCACUGCUUGCCUUAUCCGGACCCAACCGGAGGAAGAUGGCGACCAGCAUCAUGAGAAAGUGGCCCUUGCGGCCUUGCCCUCCUCGGCUCCUAUGUUCCAGUGCUCGCAGACCUACUCGGCAUCCUCGUGUUCUCAAGGAAAUCCUCGCGAGAACAUGUAGUACGGGAAGUGAGGAGGCUGGGGAUUCUGAAAUAAAGCCUCGCCAGGGAGGAUUCGCCCAAGCAAUGGAGAGGUUUUCUGAUCCCAGCUUCAUAAAUACUCCUGAGCAGAAAUCUCAGCAUGCCCCUUUUGCCACUCUUCUCCGGAACUCCAAGCUCAUGCAGAUGGGGGACCCAAAAGGGAAGGUUGUGGAAGGUGAAAUCUAUCAUGUUGUUGGAGAUGAUUUAUAUGUUGAUUUUGGUUGGAAGUUCCCCUGUGUUUGUAGGCGCCCAGCUAAGCAUCCAGAGCAGUAUGUGAGAGGAGCAAAAGUGCGUUUACGUGUGAAUGAAUUGGAGCUUUCAACACGAUUUCUUGGUUCGUCGAAGGACAUGACCCUCCUGGAAGCUGACUGCACUCUUCUUGGACUUGUUAGAGCUCCUCUCAGUGUUGGGAGUUGACCAAGACUGGCAUGUAUCUUGUGUAUUUCUGUGGUAUUCUUACAGUAUGAAUAAAAUUUUGUCAUUUUUAAAAGA